GUACUGUCUGUGUAGGUGGUUGAAGAAGACUGACUGACUGACUGACUGGAGUGACUGGUUGUCAGAGGGACGGGAGUCGGCUGUCCAAUGGACUUUUGCUGCGGGAACUGCACGGUGUCUGGUGCGGUGUUGACGGCUUGAUGGGUAACAGCGGAGGUUCGGUUAUCUCGAGGUACCGGACAAGACCGCGUAGGCAGUGAUGGGCGCCAGGUAUCGGCAGCUAGGUAGGGUUCUGGUAGUGCUCCCUGUAGGACACCUCAAGCCGGGCAGUCGGGCGCAACACAACCGAGGCAAGCGGAAUCCGGCGACAAUGACGCAAGUGGAUUUGUUAGUGGUUAUAGUGUUGGCGGUAUGGGAAACAAUAUCCUCCUGCUGGCUUUGGCGUCUUGGAGGUUUGUCGCCAAAUUCACGCGCAAGUCAAAACAGCCCCCUCUAUGAAGAAAGAGAGAGAAAUACAACACCUCGAGAAGAAAGGAGGAAAAAACAAAAGCGCAGGAAAAUGUUUAGGUAGGUAGGUUGGCACCCGGGUUAUAGGGACGGGAAUGGAGACAUGGAGAGAGAGA